UUAAAAAUUUCCCAGCCUCUCGAAGAAAUUGAAAUCUCCUGAUUAAAAAAAAAAAAGUCAUGGCCUUGAACUUCUUCUUCUCCACCUCUCUUCACUCUUCUUCGUCUUCUUCGUCUUCUUCGUCGUCGCCUUCAGUCAAACAGAGACAUCAUCUGUUCCAGCAACUCCCUCCUCCCUCUCCUUCCGAAACACGCGUUCGAUCUGGGCGGAGCGAGAGCGGCGCCACCGACGACGAUCCCUCUCCUUCUUUCUCAGGUUCAUUAUCAUCGGCAAGGACGCAACUCGAUUUCUUGGACGGGUACUUGAGUGACGGGAUUGGUGGCUCGAGGAAUCUCUCAAUCCGCGACCAGCUGGCUCAGCUUGUCGGCGACAGAGACGGCGAUUUCACCAUACCCAUGGGUAAAAACCUAAAGAAAGUGAGUCCCAAAUUCUUGACCAUUUCUCAGAAAAGGAACAUUAGGAGGCAAUCAUACCUUGAUGAAGUCUCUCAGAGGAAUGAUUCCGUGCUCUUUGCUACGAUAGGCGCGUUUGUAAUCCUCCCGCCAUUUGUGAUUCUAGGGAUUGCUGUUCUAACUGGUUAUGUCCAACUCUUCCCCUGAAUGUCCUUCUUAGAAAAUGCAUAUAGCAGCAGAGUUUUUAGUUGUAACUUAUCCAGAGUGUGUCAAAUAAUAAAAUAGCUGGUAUAAUCUUUUCCUUGA